AGAAAUGAGAAUCAGUUAGAGAAGGCAGCCAUAACGAUUCAGUCAUGGUGGCGUGGCAACAUGGUACGCCGGACGUUACUGCAUGCAGCACUCAGGGCCUGGGUCAUCCAGUGCUGGUGGAGGUCGAUGCAGGCCAAGAUGCUGGAGCAAAGACGGCGCCUGGCACUAAGACUCUACACCUGCCAGGAGUGGGCAGUGGUGAAGGUGCAGGCACAGGUUCGAAUGUGGCAGGCCCGCAGACGGUUUCUCCAGGCACGCCAAGCAGCCUGCAUCAUCCAGUCUCACUGGCGCUGGCAUGCCAGCCAAACCCGAGGCCUGAUCCGGGGCCGCUAUGAGGUCAGAGCCAGCCGGCUGGAGCUGGACAUCGAAAUCCUCAUGACAUAG